AUGGUGCGCAUCCUGCAGUCGAGCGGGACUCGGCUCGUGCGGAGAGGUGCCUGCCUGGUGCAGGGUCUCCGACAGAAAUCGUCCUGGUUCGUUCAUAACAUCAUUACAGCGCGCCCAGAAGUCCCCGCACGCGCAGACCCGAAGUUCCGCCGCCGCCACCCUGGCACAACGAGGCCAAAUGAGCUGGGGCAACUUCAGGUCAUGGUCGCGACACAGGAGGGCUGCACAGUGGAGCAGCAGGUGUGCUCGGCCAUCCCGGACGAGGUCGAAGGGGGAGCACCGGUGCCGAACUCCCAGGCCGGCGGCAAAACCCUGAAGUCUGUUAGGAAGCUGAAGAGGAUCGGCGGGCGUGCUGUUGUUGCGCUGAACGUCGUGGACGACGAAUACGGGUCGGAAUCCGAGGACUUUGGUCGCGCGUACUCCCCCGUGGGCGAGGAUUCUUUCGCGCUGAGCGAAUACCACACUGCUAUCUCGCACAUGACUAGCCUCAGCGGAUUGGGGAGUGCUGCUGUGCCGCAGUUCGUCGACGAAAGCUCGGGCGCAGUCUUCAUCGGUAUCGCUAUGGGCCCUGAGGCACGUUGCUAUCCGACCGCCGGGUCUAUUGCGGGGAAAUACCAAACGCUUCAAGCCUCUGUUCCGGCCUUGCCAAUUACGGAAGCCUCUCCAGGUCUCCUCGCUGCACCAUCACAGCUACCAUCACUCAUGCUCACCCUACCGACACCGCAAAUAGCGCAAUCACCAGUCUUCCGUCCGCGUUCGCCAAUCACGUUAUUCAAGUAUGUGGAAGCCACGACGCCUACCCGCGACAGUAAUCCUCUGUCAUUUCCGGCCAUUGCUACGCCUUCCCCCGCCCCCUCGAUCCCGGCAUGCGAUCGCUGCUGUCUCGCGCAGCUGGAAGACGGGGUGAUCUGCCGCUCGUGCGAGAAACAGUGGCUGGCGUGCAAGAUGUGGUACCAGGCACACGACGGCGGACGGCGGCGUUGGCUCACCGAGCCAUACAUCAAUCCUGCGGAAAGCACCGCGAGCAUACGCGCGGUCAUGGGCCGCCUGGGCGCCCCGGCCAACAGCGAGCGACCGCACUCGACCCGCGGCCUUGGACUUGGAUCGUCCGUCUCGUUCCAGCAGGAGCUACCGUUCAGGGUCUUAGCGUCAUCUUCCGUCGCCUCUGUCUCGCUUGUGCACUCGCACUCUGCUGGUACUGGGUCCUGGGCGACACGACUAGGGUAUCAGAUAGCGGCCGCGAAACGCGUUGCAUCCGCUCGUCGAGGGUCUCUGGCUUGGACGGCUGCGCGAAAGACGCAGGCUGGUCUUCGUGCGCUGUGGUCUGUCUCUCUGGGGCUCUUGCUGCCUGGUCCUCUGUCUCGGGACCUGCGUCCCUCUGCGCCGUCAAGCACGAUGUCUGAUGACUCGUUGGGGACGUCAUCUGCCGACAGUAUCGGUGGCCAUCGCCGGCCGUCGUCAAGCAUGGACUCAAGCUCCUUGCGCUUUGGGACCCUUGGACUCGGGUGCAUCACGUCUAGGUCGCGGUUCGUCGAGCAUCUGUUCUGA